UAGUGCAAACAUUCAUGUUUCUAUGUAUCAAUUCUUACCCUGAAAAUUAAAGAACAAAAUAAGAAGAAAGAAGAAAAAGGUAAUAAAUAAUGGGGAAUGCGGCAGUUUUGAACAACACCUCAUCAACAUCUACUACGCAGAAUAUAUUGUGCUAUGAUCCAGAAGAUGUCUCCUCCAAUGGUUACAAAGUCCGUAACCCUUUAAAGUUUCCAGCACCUCUUAUGGUAUUUCAGCUUGCUGUAAUCUCAUUAACCUCUCUCAUUAUUGAUGCUGGCCUCAAGCCUUUAGGUCAACCUUCCCUCGUCGCCCAAGUUCUUGGUGGUAUAAUAUUUGGACCAUCACUAUUGGGACAUCUGGAAUUAGUGAGAGAAACCAUGUUCCCGACUAGAGGUGUUAUGGCAUUAGAAACUGCAGCAACAUUUGGUGUUCUGUUCAAUCUUUUCGCCAUAGGAGUUGAGUGUGACUCGAAAAGGAUGUUCAGGCCAGGGAAAAAGGCCGUUAUCAUUGGUGUCACUGUAAUGUUCACCUCACUGGGAUCCACUAUGGCGCUAGCGAUGCUUAUAAAACAUUUCGUCGUUUUGGAUCCUCUACUUGCAAAAGCUCUGCCUAUUGUAGCAGCUUCACAAUGUGUAAUUGGUUUUCCCAACGUAUGUUCCCUUCUUAAAGAGAUGCAACUUCUCAAUACUGACCAAGGCCGCCUGGCCACUUCUUCAGCUAUGUUUUGUGAUAUAAUUGGCUUAACCUUGGCUUCAGUAGGUUUUAUAAAGUUGCAGUUGGAGAAAGAACAUACUGUGGCGCAGAAAAUGGGUUCCAUUCUCUCCCCUUUGAUCUUAGUCAUAUUCACAGUUUUUUCCAUUAGGCCUGCAAUUAAGAAGACAUUAAGACUUAGACCAGAAGGAAAACCUGUUGGGGAAAACUACUUUGUUUGUGUCUUAGUACUUGUAUUGUUGUACAUAUUAACUGCUGAGACGAUCGGGCAGCACUACCUAUUUGGAUCACUUGUGUUAGGCAUGGCCAUUCCUGAAGGCCCGCCUUUGGGCGCAGCUUUGAUCAGAAAACUUCAUUAUCCAAUUGGCAAGGUUUUGUACCCGGUUUUUCUCACCACCAGUGGCCUCAAAACAGACAUUUUCACCAUUCAUUUUAAGUCCCUAUGGGUUAUUGCCCUUCUAGUUCUCUUUGGCGUCCUCGUCAAGAUUGCAAUAAUGAUGAUCAUAACUCGCUACACGGGCUUAACCUUUCAAGACUCUGUCAUUCUUGGUCUGAUGCUGAAUGCUAGAGGCAUCUGUGAUGUUGUUUUCUUUAACAUAUGGAGAGUUUCACUGGCCCUAUCAGAUGAACACUUUGCAGUGGCUAUCAUGCUCUCUGUUGUUUUAGUUAUGGUGAUCAUUACACCGCUAAUAAGAUUUCUCUUUCGUGCACUCGAACAACAAGCUCCAACGAUGAGAAGGACAAUUCAGCAUUCAAAGCCUGACUCAGAGCUAAGGAUAUUGGUCUGCGUUCACGAUCUACAAAGUGUGCCAACUAUGGUCAACUUACUUGAAGCAUCCAAUGCAACAGAACAAAGCCCCAUUUGUGUCAUAGCUCUCGUCCUCAUUGAGCUCGUGGGUAGAGCCGCUCCUCUUCUUAUCACGCAUAAUCAUUCCCAGGGAGCCAUCCCUCAGGAUGCUUCAAUAUCAUUGCAAAUCAUCAAUGCACUUAGACAAUAUGAGCUUGCCUUUGAAAGUUGUGUCACGCUUCAACCAUUCACCGACAUCACACAUUAUGAACUAAUGCCUGAGGACAUUUCUCGCUUGGCCCUGGACCAGAAUGCUACCAUUGUGAUCCUACCAUUCCACAAGCAUUGGGAAAUUGAUGGUUCCAUUGGAACAGUUAGUCGUGCCAUCCAAACUAUCAACACGAAAGUCCUCAGAAAAGCGCCUUGUUCUGUGGGCAUACUAGUCGAUCGUGGAAUCCUAAAGGGAUCCAUGGCGACACUAAGCAAUCAGGGCAACAUUUACCAUGUUGCUGUGGUCUACAUUGGAGGUCCCGAUGAUGCAGAAUCACUAGCCUAUGGUGCCCGAAUGGCUAGACACAAAAACGUGUCGAUAACAAUCAUCCGUUUCCUUAUGUUCGGCUAUGACAAUGCCAGAGAAAGAAAGCUAGAUAAUAGCUUGAUUGAAGCAGUCCGAUACGAAAACUCAACGAAUGAGAAUUUCGUAUACGAAGAACACGUUACGAGAGAUGGGGUUGGGCUAUCUGCUUCACUUAGGGGAUUAGAAGAUAGAUUUGAUUUAAUAGUUGUGGGGAGGCACCAUGAACAUUCUCCUUUGCUAGUAGGACUUGGUGCAUGGAGUGAAUGUCCAGAACUUGGUGUGGUGGGAGAUUUCUUGGCUUCAACAGAUAUUGGAUUCACAGCAUCAAUUCUAGUGGUGCAGCAGCAGAGAGUUAGAGGGAAGUUGAUGGGCAGAACAAUGAAACCAGUAGUUAACAAUCAAAAUGGACAAUAUCCUGAAAUGAAUAAUGCAAUUAAUAAUGGGAUAUCAACACCAAGAGUCUCAGUUUCUAGUGAUCAUCCAAGAUGGGAAAUCACUAUAGAUAGAACUAAUUAGGUUUCUGCAUGUACAGUACAACCUCCCUAGUUUUGCUCGUUGUACAGUACUAUGAAUUAAAUACAGCACUAAUAUUUAUUUACAGGAUUAUACG